GAGAGAGCAGCAGCAGCAGCAGCAGAAGAAGAGCGAGAGAGCAGAGCAGCAGCAGCCAAACAGCCGCAGAGAGAAAAAGAGGAUGAGGAAGAAGGUGGACGACCGUAUAAGGACUCUGAUAGAGAAUGGCGUGAAAACCAGGCAUCGUUCCAUGUUCAUCAUCGUCGGCGACAAAUCUCGUGACCAGAUUGUGAAUCUUCACUACAUGCUCGGCAAGGCGUCCGUUAAAUCUCGGCCGACCGUUCUGUGGUGCUACAAGGACAAGCUCGAGCUUAGCAGCCACAAGAAAAAACGUGGAAAGCAGAUCAAGAAAUUGAUGCGAAGUGGACUUCUAGAUCCCGAGAAGGUGGAUCCUUUUUCACUUUUUGUUGAAAGUGGAGGGUUAACAUAUUGCCUGUACAAAGAUUCAGAAAGGAUCCUUGGGAAUACCUUUGGCAUGUGCAUUCUACAGGACUUUGAGGCUGUGACGCCUAAUCUCCUUGCAAGAACUAUUGAGACAGUCGAAGGUGGUGGGUUGGUGGUCCUGCUGCUUCGUUCUCUCUCCUCUCUUACUAGUCUCUGUACUAUGGUAAUGGAUGUUCAUGAGAGGUUUCGGACAGAGUCUCAUUCUGAGGCAGCUGCACGCUUUAACGAACGCUUCCUCUUAUCGCUGGCAUCAUGCAAAGCAUGCGUGGUCAUGGAUGAUGAGCUAAAUAUUUUACCAAUCUCAUCUCAUAUAAGGUCCAUUAUGCCUGUGUCUGUUCAGGAGGACUCUGAAGGGCUGUCAGAAACAGAAUGGGAUUUGAAGAAUCUGAAGGAGCAAUUACAUGAUGAUUUUCCUGUUGGUCCUUUGAUUGGGAAGUGUUGUACAUUGGACCAGGGAAAAGCUGUCAUUACAUUCCUUGAUGCAAUUCUGGAUAAAACACUUCGGAGCACAGUUGCUUUGAUCGCUGCUCGUGGACGUGGAAAAUCGGCAGCUCUUGGUUUAUCAAUUGCAGGAGCUAUUGCUGCGGGGUAUUCAAAUAUUUUUGUAACUGCCCCCAGCCCGGAGAACUUGAAGACUCUGUUUGAGUUCAUUUGCAAGGGAUUCAAUGCACUAGACUACAAGGAACAUUUAGACUAUGAUGUUGUGAAGAGUGCCAAUCCCGACUUCAAGAAAGCUACUGUACGGAUAAAUAUCUACAAACAACACAGACAGACAAUUCAGUAUAUACAGCCACAUGAACAUGAAAAGCUUUCUCAAGUGGAGCUUCUGGUUGUCGAUGAAGCUGCAGCUAUUCCAUUGCCAGUUGUAAAGGCCUUGCUUGGCCCUUAUCUGGUCUUUCUCUCAUCUACUGUAAAUGGCUAUGAAGGCACUGGUCGCUCCUUAUCGCUAAAGCUUUUGGAACAACUGGAACGGCAAAGCCAGGAGUCAAAGAGUGUGGGUGGAUCUGACUCUGGUAGGUCUUUCAAGAAGGUAGAAUUGCAUGAAUCUAUCAGAUAUGCUCCUGGUGAUCCAAUUGAGUCUUGGCUUCAUGGUUUGCUUUGCUUGGAUGCUACAAGUUCUGUCCCUAGACUCAGUGGGUUACCUGAUCCUAGUGACUGCGACCUCUAUUAUGUAAACCGGGACACACUUUUCUCUUAUCAUAAAGAUAGUGAGACAUUUUUGCAGAGGAUGAUGGCACUCUAUGUUGCUUCACACUACAAAAAUUCUCCAAAUGACUUACAAUUAAUGGCUGAUGCUCCAGCACACCACUUGUUUGUGUUACUUGGUCCGGUUGAUGAGUCACAGAACCGCCUUCCUGAUAUAUUAUGUGUCAUUCAGGUCUGCCUUGAAGGACAGAUUUCUCGUGAGUCUGCAAUGAAAAGUUUAAGUGAAGGUCAUCAACCUUAUGGCGAUCAACUACCAUGGAAGUUUUGUGAACAGUUUCAAGACACAGUUUUUCCAAGUCUUUCUGGAGCUCGAAUUGUUCGCAUUGCUGUCCACCCGGAAGCCAUGGGGCUAAGAUAUGGCUCAACUGCGGUGCAGCUUCUGACAAGGUACUAUGAAGGGCAAUUGACUCAUAUCACUGAGGUAGAUGUUGAAAAUGUUGAGAAGAGGCUCCCUGUUAAAGUCAUGGAAGCUGCCGAGAAGGCUUCAUUGCUAGAAGAAAAUGUAAUGCCCAGAGCAAACCUUCCUCCACUUCUUGUUAAUCUUCACGAGCGACAACCUGAAAAGCUCCACUACAUUGGCGUUUCUUUUGGAAUGACACUGCCUCUUUUCAGAUUUUGGAGAAGACACAAGUUUGCUCCUUUCUACAUUGGCCAGAUUCAAAGUGCCGUGACGGGCGAGCAUACUUGUAUGGUCCUCAAGCCAUUGAAUAAUGAUGAGAUUGAAGUCGAUGGCUCGAGUAAAUGGGGCUUUUUUGGUCCGUUCUAUCAAGAUUUCAGACGAAGGUUUACCCGUCUUCUGGGUUCUAGCUUCCGAACACUGGAUUGUAAGCUUGCUAUGAGCAUCUUGGACCCGAAGAUCAACUUCAAAGAUGAACUGACGGCAUCCACUGAAAAUGGAUUUUUAAAGUCCCCGAAGGAAUUAUUAUCACCAUAUGAUAUGAAACGGCUAGAAUCUUAUACCAACAAUCUUGCAGAUUAUCAUCUGAUCCUAGACCUUGUACCAACCCUUGCUCAUCAGUAUUUCCAGGAGAGGCUUCCAGUUACUUUGUCAGCUGUUCAGGCAUCAAUUUUACUCUGCAUGGGCUUGCAGAACCAAGAUAUCACCUAUAUUGAGGGACAGUUGACGCUCAAUUCGCAGAAGAUAGAAAGGCAUCAGAUACUGUCCAAUUUCAUUAAAGUUAUGAAAAAGUUCUACCAGUACCUAUACAGCAAUGUAGCCAAGGAGAUUGAUUCGUUGCUGCCUCGGCUCAGUGAGGUUGUGAUGGAACCUCACAGCAUAUCCUUGGAUGAUGAUCUUAAUAAUGCAGCGAAACAAGUCAAGGAGAAAAUGAAAGCCGAGACGGAUCGCAUGCUGAAUCCAGAUUUCCUCCAACAGUAUGCGAUUGUGGAUAGAGAUGCUGAUUUCGAGGAAGCUCUGCACAAUGGGAUGGGGAAGAUUUCUUCAAGUGGCAUUGUUAGCGUGAAGUCUGAUAGGAAUAAGGAGAAGCAUGGAAAACACAAGGAAAUGCAUGGUAAGAGUAACAAGAAAAGAGGAACUGAUGGCAGUGGAUCGAGAUCAAACAAAAAGAAGAGAUUCUGAGUUCUCGGCCUUGCAUCAAGAGAUCUGUUGCCUGGUGGUUGAGAAAUUAUCAGGUCCAGUUGCAACAAAUUUUCGUAAUGCACGUAGCCAAUUUGCCAUGGUUAGCAACUGGGGGAGAGAAUGAGAGUUUCUUCUAGUUAUUGGUGGAGGAAAAAAAGAAGGAAGAAAUUAAGAGAAGCUAGAUUAAUUUAUUGUGCGAGUCUAGGUCCAGUUUUGAUUCCAAGUUGGAUUAGGUUUUCUUCUAUAUAAUUUGUAUUUGGUUCUGGUAAAUUGUUAUUAUUAUUAUUAUUAUUAUUUUCCCAGUAUGUAAGUUUUAGCUUUGUUAUUUUA